AUUGAGGAAGACUACCUGUGGCUUUCCUCUUUCAAACCUGAACUCCUUCCCUAUUUAAACCCACCGUCUCCACCCUCUUCUUUCCCACAUCUCCUUUCUCAUUCAAUAUUUGCAGCUACCUCUGUUUUUCCUCUCAUUUUCUCAUAAUUCUCUGCUGUUAAACAUGGAAUACAAGGCUCUAAUGCCCAACUACGAGUGUCUUCUCUUUGAUCUUGACGACACCCUUUAUCCCCUGAGUUCUGGUCUGUCGAAAGCAUGCACAAAGAACAUUGAAGAUUAUAUGGCUCAAAAGCUUGUCAUAGAAGAAAAGAAAAUCCCUGAGAUGAAUCGUGCAUUAUACCAGAAUUAUGGAACAACAAUGGCCGGUCUCAAGGCAAUUGGGUACGACUUUGACAAUGAUGACUAUCAUAGAUUUGUUCAUGGGAGAUUGCCCUAUGAUUCACUAAAACCUGACCAUGUUCUGAGGAGUCUGUUGCUUAGCUUGCCUAUCCGGAAAGUUAUUUUCUCCAACGCGGAUAAUGCCCAUAUUGCCAAAGCUCUUAGCAAGCUUGGAUUGGAGGACUGCUUCGAUUUGGUUAUAUCCUUCGAGACUCUGAAUCCGGCCACCAACGAGAAGAAUAAUGGCUCCGAUAACAUUAAUAAUGUUCACCUCGCUUUUCAACCCAAUGCUAGCUCGGAGCUUCCGAAGUCUCCAAUCUUUUGCAAACCAUUUGAAAAUGCAUAUGAAGAAGCAUUCAAGAAAGGCGGCAUCAAUCCUCAAAGAACACUGUUCUUUGAUGAUAGUAUCCGAAAUAUACAAACUGGGAAGCGUAUGGGCCUUCACACCGUGCAGGUGGGCACAUCUCAUCGUGCAAAUGGUGUCGAUUAUGCUUUGGAGAGCAUCCACAAUAUUAGGGAAGCAUUGCCGGAGCUGUGGGAAGCCAUUGAUGAAGAGUCAGGAAGCAUGCAGUAUGCAAGAAAGAUAGCAAUUGAGACACCAGUGGAAGCCUAGAAUUAUAUUCAGGCUUUUCAGCAAUAUUUGUAUUAACUUUUUGGUAGUGGAAUUGUCAUAUCUAAACCUAAUUAUCUAUGAAUUAAUUAUCUUUCUUAA